AUGGCGAAUCAGAGCUCACCCAAAGUUGAUAUUCGUUCUGUGGAUGAAGAAGAUGCUUUAGACACCACACAUGCAGUUGCAAACACUAAAGCAACACAUGCAUUAGAGAAUUUCUCAGAUCCAGUUAGUGCUUAUUACCUACAUCCGAAUGAAAAUCCCUCUCUGGUAUUGGUUUCUACACUUAUGAACGGUAAGAACUACCAUGGUUGGGCUAGAGCCAUGACUAUGGCCUUGAUUUCCAAAAUUAAGCUUCAGUUUGUCAAUGGUUCAAUUUCUGUUCUAGAUCUGGCAUAUAGAAGGUACGCUUCUUGGGAGAGAUGUAAUACCAUGGUCCUUUCAUGGUUGCAUCGAUCCAUUACUGAUUCCAUUUCACAAUCGAUCCUCUGGAUGGAUCGAGCUGUUGAUGUAUGGAGAGACCUUAAAGAAAGGUUUUCUCAGUCAGACAUUUUUAGAAUCUCUGACUUGCAUGAUGAAAUAUUCCGUUUGCAUCAAGGAGAGAAUUCUGUUUCAGAUUUUUAUACGCAACUCAAGAUCCUGUGGGAUGAGUUGGAGUCUUUACAACCAACACCUACAUGUAAAUGUGCUAAGCCUUGCUGUUCAAUUUCUUCUCAAGUGAGAAGCAUCAGGGAUAGAGACUACUCUAUUCGAUUCUUAAAGGGACUUAAUGAGAUAUUUUCUCAUGUGAAAUCUCAAAUCAUGUUAAUGGACCCACUGCCUCCUAUAAACCGUGUAUUUUCCUUGAUCACUCAGCAGGAAAGACAGAUGAAUUUGAAUAAUGUGAUGCCUAAUGUCACAGAUGGAAAUUCCAAGGUAUUUUUCAACUCAACAGAGCAGCAUUCAGGACGUGGUCAUUUUUAUCCUCGAGGAAGAGGACGUGGUUAUAAUGGAGGACGUGGUUACAAUGGAGAUGGAGGACGUGGUUACCAUGGAGGACAUGGGAGAGCAUUUACUCCACGGUUGUGCACUUAUUGUGGCAAGACAAGCCAUACUGUUGAUACAUGCUUUGAGAAGCAUGGAUAUCCUCCUGGAUAUAGAGUUAAGGAGGUCCAUAAGGCAAAUAUUGCAAGCACUGAUACUUCUGAAGAAGUACAUUCGUAA